AUGGAACCCACCGGAGUUGCCGUGUCUCAGUCAAUGUCAGGCGAAAGUACUUCAGCCGAAUCACGCAAAAGAAAAGCGUCAGAUGUAUCAAAUAAAGAUGCACCAAUACCCCGACGAAAAAUCACUCGAGCCUGUGAUUCAUGUAAAGUCAAAAAGACGCGGUGUACGGGCACUCUCCCUUGCACAAGAUGCACGCGACUGUCGCUACCGUGCAAAUACAACGCCGCCUAUUCUCGGGGGUUGCCGCCCGAGCCUUUGCCCGCCUCAUCCAGCCCACAUGUUGCGGAUGAGCGACGUGCAUCCGAACCCGAAUGCGGGCAGAAUCCGAACAGCAGUCGGGAUUUGACUAACGGUCCACUUGCGAAAUCAAACCACGCCACGUCUUCGCGGAAUUCGCCCGAGCCUGGUUCAACUGACUUCGAGGGCAAUUACCUUGGCCCUUCAUCUGGGGUGUCGUUUAUCAAUCGAGUCUGGAGCCGUCUGCAUCAGGAUGAGGCCCAUUAUCCUGGUGAGCAUCAGGAUGAAUCUUCGAAAAACACCGCCGUGCUUAUGUUUGGCGAUAAGCCUUACGUUCACUCGCAAGGGACGGGGUUCACCCUUCCAUCUUUGGGAAGGGCCCUGGAGUUGGUGGGGAUUUACUUCGACUUCUCCAUGGUGACCUAUCGCUUCAUCCAUCGGGGUAAUGUUGAAUCGUGGACCCGGCAGGUCUAUGAAUAUAAUAUCGGUCCCACCAAUCUCCCCGUGGGUAAUAUGGUGGCUAGAACAGCUAUAGUUCUCAUGAUAUUUGCCGUGAGUACCUUAUACGUGGAACUUAGACCAGGCGAUGUACCUGCUGGGCGAAGUGAAAGUGAGCUGUGGUACGCAGCGUCCAAAUACAUGUCUUCCCUCGAGGUGGGCCCACCACGACUGGAAACAAUACAGGCUCGACUCUGCCAAUGCCUGUAUCUGCUAUCAUCCUCGCGGGCAAAUGAAUGCUGGUACUCUUUUGGCACGACCACCCAGCUUGUGACGGCGCUUGGGUUACACCGAAAGUGGUUGGGCAAACCGUCUAAGGGAUGCUCAUAUCUAGAAUUGGAACUUCGCAAGCGCAUCUUUUGGAGCGUAUAUACUCUCGACAAAUAUUUAAGCAUCAUGUUUGGAAGGCCCCGAUUAUUGCACGACGAGGAUAUCGAUCAAGAGCUUCCUGACGAGAUGAAUGACGAGGAUCUGCUAGAAGAAGAUCCAACUCGACGAACAGGAUCAACAGAUAGUAUGAUGAUUGCCUCUGUUCUUCAUUAUCGAAUCUCAGACCCAAAAUUCAGACUCGGCCGAAUACUCGGGGAUAUCUCCCGCCAGCUGUACAGCAUUUACCCAAUAUCUCGACACUCACCUUUGGAUACAGCCAUCAGAUUAACAUCUGAGCUGGAAAAAUGGAAAGAGACUGUCCCGCCCCUAUUCAAUAGUGUCCGCCCAUCCAGCCUGAUCCCACCCCUUUGCCGCCAAAGUCAAGUUCUUCAACUCGCGUACUCACAUGCCAUGAUCCAUGUCACGCGCUCAUUUCUCCUCAGCGACUUCACAGAUCUCAGUCGCAGGCCUCAAGUUCCACACCCGAUGGUCAGCUCUUAUGUCCAGAAAUGCAUACAGGCGGCCGAAGACAUUAUGACUAUAAUUGACGACCUCGCGCAACAAAAUGUGCUCAUCCAGUCUUUCUGGUUCACACACUAUGUAUGCUUCUGCGCCAUUCUGGUCGUUUAUAUACACACAAUCCAGCAGCAUCAAAAAUCAAAGGGAAUGUCUAGCUCAGUGUCCGUGUCUUCCGCAGGGAGUCCCGGGGACCCAGAUAAGCUGCGAUUGCUUUUUUCACUAGCCGAAACCUGCCAGAGGCAUCUUGCCGAAGCUACGCGGAAGAACUGUCCCAGCCGGCGUUAUGGAAUCAUUCUCGAAGAGCUGAGACAGGAGGUUCAUCGACAGGUUGGCCCAGCUGAGUUCUCGGUUGGAGUAUCCCAUUCUGGUGAGAAUCACGAAUCCCAAUUCCUUAACACCAAUCAUGCGGCUAUCCGGCCGAUUACAUUUGACGCUCGGGUGGAGGGAUUCCCCGCCAUGCACCCAGCCGAAAUGGGACUCAAUACAGGGGAUGAUUUAGGCUUUCUUGAGAGUCUCGAAGGGUCCGUUUGGUGGGCGCAACUUGACUCAUGGGUGGGUUGGAAGCCCUUGACUGCAACUGAUCUAAUCUGUACUGUGAUUUGCUUAUAUCUUUCUAGGCCUUGUCUAAUCUCCCCAAUGAUCCGUCGACUUUCAAUUUUUGAAUGA